AUGAGCAUAUGUUCAUUGUCAUCAACCAAGAGUGAUAAACGCAAUAAAACAUCAAAGUAUACAAUACAAAAGAAGAUGGUGAAAGACUUGGAAUGUUAUCAAGAAUCCAUUCUUGUGUAUUUAAUUAACAACUUUUGUUCUAUCACUAUUGCUCGACCAAGAAAACAAUCAACUGUGGCUUUGUGUUGUGCUAAAGUUAAAAUUUUGCACUUUAAGAAUGGGGAAAUUGAUGUCAUGAAUUUAGCAGAGAGUAGACUACGACCCACAUAUUUGAAGGAAAUUGAAGAUGGGAUAGCAAAGCCAACUGCGUUUAGAAGGUAUGAAAAGAACAAGAAAAUAUUUGUUCACAACUUUUUGUUUGAUAUUGCAUUGGAGUUGGGUUUUACAUUUGACUCGAAACUCUCAAGAAAGUCCGAGAAGACUUUUUCGAUUGAAAGAUUUGAAAGAAUUUUUUUCAAAGGGAAAGAGGUGUUUAAUUUACAACAAAUAGUCACCGAAGGAGGAAUUAUUACAGAUCAUUUGUUUGAUCUUGUCGCGAAUGGAAAUAGUGUUAAAUUAGGCCGGUUUGAUGAAUUUCUUCAAACAACAAACAGCGCCCAUUUUUUCCAAACCAACUGA